AUGUGCUGGGGCACAAGUUCUGGACGAAUAAGUCAACUUGCUCACUAUGGUCCUAUUGGUGCUAUUAUUUUGAUCAUAUGGAUAACAGUUAGUGCGUUCAAUUGUUUAACAAAAUGGUAUCCGCCACAGUCAACUGAUUAUUUAAGUAUUAUCAAUUUUCUCAUUUUCUGGAUACAUCCAUGCGUUAUUUUUUACAAUUAUUUUUGUGCAAUUUUUCGUGGACCAGGCUUCGUCUCUCAAAACUGGAUACCAGCGAAUAAAGAAGAUAUUCAGUACUUGCAAUAUUGUGAAAUAUGUGAAAGCUACAAAGCACCACGUUCACAUCACUGUAAGAAAUGUCAGCGAUGUGUGCUGAAACUUGAUCAUCAUUGUCCUUGGAUCAAUACGUGUGUGGGACAUACCAAUCAUGCGAGUUUCUGUUAUUUUAUGUUCUAUGCGAUACUUGGUUGUAUCCAUGGACUGUUAAUGCUAUGUCCAGCUGUGUAUCGAGCGUUAUUUGUUCGCUACUACCUUUAUCAUCGUAUUAAAAAUGUGCCAAUCAUUAUUUUCUCAUUUUGGGGUUUGUUAUCUAGUAUUUUAUCAAUCGGUUUGGCGAUUGGUGUCGUUGUUGCAGUGGGUUUUUUACUAGGUGUUCAAUGCCGAAAUAUAAUUAAAAAUCAAACUGGUAUUGAAAAUUGGAUAUUGAGAAAAGCAAUCGAUCGUAGUCAUAGAGCAGAGAAGAAAUUUAUUUAUCCAUAUGAUCUUGGUUUCAAAGAAAAUGUUCGACAUGUAUUCAAUUGGAGAAAUGGUUUUAGUUCCAUUGGUGAUGGUUUGGUUUGGACGGUUCGUGACGGGUCUGAUCAAUACGACCUUACCAGGGAACAAUUAGAACAAAAAGCUGAAAAACGUAUGAGAACCGUCCGUUAUGAUGUCAUUGGUGAUUAUAAUGGAUUCUUUUUUCCAAUAAAAUAUGGUUUUCGUACGUGUAUUUGUAUUCCAUUCACCGAUGAACAUCGAAUGAAAAUAACUCGAGGUGAUCGAGUAUUAGUAACACGUUGGGAAACUUAUUGGUUGUAUGGAGAACGUCUAAUAUCAACAAAAACGGCAGAUAAGUUAUCUUCAUCAACGACAACAGAAACGAAAAAGAAAAAACGCGAUCGUGGUUGGUUUCCAAGAUGUUGUAUUUAUGAAGCAUUUAAAAUGGAAGACCUAUGGUCAGGAAAAAUUCGUCCAGAUUCAGAUAUGGUACUUUCGGAAAGUAUCAAUUUUGGACCUGAAUCAUUUGCUCCGGAAGGGUUCGAUGAAAAUGAUCAUGAUAAUAAUUCAGAGGUGCUAUCGACAGACAUGUCAUCAACAACAACGAGCAGAAAACGAACAAGAAAAGAAGAUUAG